AUGUUUCUGAAAUAUCACUCAGGGGCUGCUCUGUCGAUGGAUUUGUACCACUCACUUUUUUCAUGCGAUGGUGGAUGCAGGCUUUUAAAGUCUCACGGGGCGGUGGAUUUCGGUCCUGAGCUAGAGUAUUUUCUGGAUUUUGAUGAAAAAAUAGAUCCAGCCGUCCAGAGCUGUGAGCAGCGGGUCCUAUUUCUUCUGGGUUCCGCUGAAAUAUCCUAUCUGGACAAGGAAAUAUCACCACCGGUUCCGAAAAAGAAAAGUCCGACUUUUCGGCUUGUUGCUGUUGAUCUGAGAACGAAGAAGCUGUUGAUGCACGUUGCGGUUCGAUAG